AUGGGGUGUCCGUUGGCUCUGCUCGAGACCUGCGAGGUUGGUCAGGGUUGCCUAUGUGAAGCAAGGCCCGUGGACGUGUUCCGGUGGACGCAGCCCGUGAAGCUGAAUAGGAAGGAUAUCCGACGCGACGACACUGUGACGAAUGCGCCCCCAGAGGCCGUUGGGCCGAUGCUGGGACCUGACGGAAAGCCCGUCAUUGGCGCUGAUGGGAAGAUGGUGAUGGUGGACGCGGAGGGGCGGCCGAUACACGCGAAUGGGAUGGCUGGAUCGAGCAAGGACAAGGGGAAGGCGGCAGCGAAGAAACGCUUCCAGAAGAAGACGAGGCAGGUGUUCUUCGUGCCGGAGGAGGUUCGCCAACUGCGGAGAGAGGAGCGAUAUCCCUGGGUCAUGGAGGACUCGUCACCGGCGCAAAACGAGGUCUGGAUGGGCCAAAUGGAGGAGGCGUCCAAGUCGGACACGCACGCGUUCUUCAUGCCCGCGGCGAACGACGUCUUCAAGUUCGUUCCAGCUCAUCGGUGGUACAAAUUCCAGAAAAAGCUAAAGCACGACUUCCCCACGGACACGGCGAAUGUUGAAUCAUUGUACACCCAAAGUCAGAAGCGAGAUCCUCAGGCGUGGUUGGCGAGUCGGAAGGGCAAAGCAGGACCCUCUGCUGCAACGGCUGCGAUGUUCAAGGCGGACGCAGAGGGACGCACGGUGUCGAUAGGAUCGUCUCUUGUUCAUAACGCAGGGCAGAGUUUGGGACCUGGUGGCCGGAAGUUAAAGACCGUGGAUAGUGGGAUGGAUCAUCUAUUUGGGGACGAUGAGGAAGGAGGGGAGGAUACCGCUCGCAGACGGAAACGCGAAUUGGGCGAGGAUGGGGGCAUGGAUGAACAAGUAUACGAGGAGGAUUUCGCGGAUGACGACGAGCAUAUGCAAGUCGACGAGAAUGAUGAGGAGGCGAAGGAACUUGAGGAACGUCUCAAGAAAGAAUACCAGUCCGCCAACAAAACGCGGGAGACCGGAGUGGACGAAUCUGACGAAGAGGAAGAUCAACCCACCACGAGCAAGCAAGCCAAAGCGAUGCAAAAUUUAAUUCGUAGUCGCGAAGGAAACGACGCAUACGAGUCGGAGGAAGAAAAGAAUCCAUAUGCCUCCUCUGAGGAGGAAGAGGAAGAGGAACCACCUGCAGUCAUCCCGACGGCGACUCAAGCAAUCCAAGAGGAGCAGCAGAAAGUCGAAUCGCGGUCUCAGACACCCAAGCCGGGCCCGACACCGGCUGCCGCUCGACCACCCGCCUUAGCAGUGGGUCCCGGAUCUAGAGCAGGAUCGCCAACGCUUUCGCCGGGCCAUGGUGGUCAUUCUGUGGUAGCCAAGCGCGCUACAAGUCCCAAGAUUCCAAAGCCCAAGCCGUCGACCGCGAGUCGCGGGAACAGCCCUCUCGGAGGCCAAUCCCCGCUUCUCGGCUCCACGAGUCCCGUUGCUCUCGAACCCGCCAAUGGCGACGCUUCCAAUGGGAGGUCUAGUGCGAAGCGGAAGGCCGAUGAUGCACCGACGUCACCCACAAGUGUUAAUUCCGCUGGCUCGCACCUUCCAAAGCAGAAGAAACGCAAACCGCCUACGCCGAGUGCGGUUUCAUCUGCAGAGCUAGAAGCCAUGCUACUGGAGUGGCUGAAAAAUACGACUAACGCCUCGACAAGAGACUGCAUUCAUCAUUUCACGCCUUACCUGGUGGACGUAGAGAAGAAACAAGAGUUCUCGGCCAUGGUCCGCAAACAUGCGACGUUGAGGGCCGGAUAUCUUACCCUUCGUACUUCGCCGCCAUCUCCUCCGCCAGCUUGA